GAUAUAAAAAUGAUAAAGAUGAUAAAGAAAAUAAUAAAAAAAUUUUGCAAAAUAAAAAUUGCAAAUAUUAUAUUAAAAAAUAUAUUCCAAUAACUAGAUGGUUACCAAAUUAUUCACGUUUUUAUGCAAUAUCUGAUUUUAUUGCUGGUAUUACACUGGGCCUGACAAUGAUACCACAAAGUAUUGCAUAUGCAUCACUUGCUGGUUUAACACCACAGUAUGGACUUUAUUCUUCAUUUGUUGGUGGUUUUAUUUAUGUUUUUUUUGGAACAAUUAAAGAGGUGUCAAUUGGUGCAACAUCAUUAAUGUCACUUGUAACUGCUGAAUACACUCAUGACAUGCCAAUUGAUUAUGUUGUACUAUUAAGUUUCAUGGCUGGUUGUGUUGAACUUCUCAUGGGUUUAUUAAACCUUGGUUUUUUAGUUGAUUUUAUAUCACUACCAGUUACAUCAAGCUUCACAUCAGCGACAUCAAUAAUCAUUGUAUUGUCACAGCUACCAGGACUUCUUGGUCUUCGUAUAAGAUCUGAAAGAAUAUUAGAAAUAAUUUAUAAAACAUUUAAACAAAAAUCUAACAUAAGAUACAAUGAUACUAUUCUUGGUAUAAUGUGUAUAAUAUUUUUACUAUUAUUUAGAAAAUUAAAAGACAUUGACUGUACUCGUAUUAAACAGAUAAAUUUAAAAUUUGGAUUAUUGAUGGAAAAGAUUUUUUGGUUUUUAUCUGUAUCAAGAAAUGCAUUGAUUGUAUUUAUAACAUCAUAUUUAACAUUUAUACAACAACAUGAUAAUGGUGAAUUAAUAUUUUUAACAGCUGGUAAUGUUAAACAGGGUUUACCAAAAAUAACAUUACCACCAUUUACAACAUCUAUUGGAAAUGUAACAUAUAAUUUUCAAGAUAUGUGUACAAAUUUAGGAAGUGGAAUAAUUAUGAUACCACUUAUUGCUGUUCUUACAAAUGUUGCUAUUGCAAAAGCAUUUGUUACAGAUAGACCAGUUGAAGCAACACAAGAAAUGUUAACACUUGGUGUUUGUAAUAUUGCUGGAAGUUUUGUAUCAUCAAUGCCAACAUGUGGUGCAUUUACAAGAAGUGCUGUAUCAAGUGCAAGUGGUAUACAAACACCAAUGGCUGGUAUUUAUUCUGGUGUAUUAACACUACUUGCAUUGAGUUUUUUAACACCAUAUUUUGGCUUUAUACCAAGAGCAACUCUAUCUGCUGUACUUAUGACUGCUGUUAUAUUUUUAAUUGAUUUAAAAAUUAUUAAAAUUUUAUGGAAAGGAAAUAAGAAAGACUUUUUUGUUGCUGGUAUGACUUUUUUUAUUUGUAUUAUUUACAAUGUUGAAACUGGUUUACUUUGUGGAACAGCAACAAAUGCAUUGUUUUUAUUAUAUUUAUCAGCAAGACCAAAUGUUGAAGUUCAUUUGCGACAGACAAUUUUGGGACACAAGUAUGUGUUGGUGAAACCAGAGGUAGGAUUAUUUUAUCCAGCUGUAUCAUUUUUAACAGCUAAAAUAACAAGAAUAUCACAACGUGAAGCUGAAUGUGUGUAUCCAGUUGUUGUUGAUUUUGAAAGAUUUCAGGGUAUAGAUUAUACAGCAACAAAAGGAAUCGAAAGAUUGGUGCUUGCAUUUGAAGGAAAAUCACAGAAAUUAAUUUUUCUACAAGUCAAUCAGUAUGUUGCUAAAUCAAUAAGUAAUUUUGGUUUAAUGAAAAAUGUUAAAUUUAUUGACAAUGAAGAUAGACUAUUAGAAAUUCUUCAAGAUGAAUCUGUCGAAACAAAUUACAUUAUUCCAACGUUGAAAGAACUUGCUGAAAAAUCAGAUUCAGCAGAUAAAAAUUUUAGAGAAUUAAAUAAAGAAUCUUUACAAUUACCAGAACAACAAGCACUAUUAAAAAAUAAAAAUGAUAAAAAAUAAUUAUUCACUAAAUUAUAAAACAAUUAACAUUAAAAAUUUUUAAUAACAAUUUAUAUUAAUUUUUUUUUCAAUUUAUUUUUACUUUUUAAUUUUAUUUAAAAUAAAUUAAUUCAAUAAAAGUUUAUAUUAAAUUUAAUAUUAAUAAUUUUAAUUUGUUUUUUAAAUUUUCAUAUGGAAAAAAAAUUAUCUCAUAUUUUUAGCAGUGUAAAUUGAACCUGUCUCUAUUUACCUGACAAAUUAAAAAUAAAAUCUCAUGAUACAUUUUCGCAAGAAAAAUUUCGAAAUUUCGAAAUUUCGAAAAUUUUCUCUUUAAAUUUUUUUUCUAUAUUUAUUUUGUAACUAUUAUAUUCACUUGUCAAUUAAAUUUAUAAUUUCUUUACAAUUAAUUAAAUACAGUUACUUGAUUUUAUUGUUAAAA